AUAUGAAUUUUAGUAUUCUACAGCAGAGAAUAGGUUUAACUUUUUUCUAAUUAUCUACGAUUCAGUAUCAAAGUUAAUUAUUUUAUUUUUUUAGUUUAUUAAGAAGUUCCAUUGUGUUAGUUCAAAUCUAAGAAAAAUUGCAUAUUACUCUCUGGUUCAAUUAUUGCUUCUUUCAACCAUAAAAAAAAAUAAUUGAAUAAUGGCUCUUUUAAUUUCUAAAAUAAUAUUUUUCUGAAUAAAAUAAUGUUAUUAAAUGCUUUAAUGAUUUUAAUGCUAAAAAAUGAUUAAUUUAAAUUAUUUCGAACAUUAUUUGAGAAAUGUUACUAAAAAAAAAAACUAUGGAAGUAUUUUUAUUUUUGUUUUUCACCACGUCUAUAAUUAUUUAUUAUUGUCUUAAUGUGUUCUGCAUAUUCCCAGAUUUGUACAAAUCAUAUGUAUCGUUUGAUUGUAUUAUACACGUUUUGAUUACAACUUAUGGUUUGUUUAAUAUUUUGACAAAUUUCAUUGUUAUGACUUUUGUUGAUUCAUCAGUAAUUGAACAUAGAACAAGAAAAUUAGAAAAAAUCAAAACAGAUUCAAUUUACUGUAAUAUAUGUCAAUGUACUAUGCCACCAAGAAGUUGGCAUUGUGAUGAAUGUAAUGUUUGCAUUCUUACAAGAGAUCAUCACUGUUCAUUUAGUACAACAUGUAUUGGUCAUUACAAUCGUCGAUAUUUUGUUUGGUUUUUGGCUUACUUAACUGUUGGAAGUAUUUAUGAGAUAGUUUUGAUUGGAUAUUACAUUUAUAAAAAUAUUCCUAUUCAAAUCUUUGAUUUAAUCUUUUUAGCCCCUGGAAAUGUAAUAUUUUUUAAAAUAACCAAAAGUCAAGUAUUUGUUAGUCUUUUUAUGUUAAACCUCAUAUCUGUUGUUAUCUCAUCUUUAUUACUAAAGUAUCAUAUUGAAAAAUUAUUGUAUGGUCUUUUAAGUUAUGAAAAAAAAAAAAAUUAUGAUUACGGUUUAAUUGUUAAUUUAAAAAUAGUUUUUGGUGAACGUUGGUUUAUUACUUGGAUAUCUCCAUUUAUAGAUUCUAGUUUACCUAACGAUGGAUUUACUUGGAAAAUAUUAGGUUGUCAUGAUAAAGUACAUUAAUUUUAAGUUAAAUAUUGAAUUUUUUAGAAUAGAACUAAAAUUUUCUAUGCAUUAUUAAUUAUGAACGUAUGUAAACAUUUGUAUUAUUUGUGAUUUUAUUAUACAAUAUGAGACUAUUUUGUUUAUUUGCUAAGAAGGUAAAGACUAAUAAAUAAUAGCAGUGUUAAUUUUUUUUUGCUAUUUAUCUAUUAAAGCAGGGAUUUUGACUGAACCAAGACUCUGUUCCAGGAAUAAACUAAAUUAUGUUAAUAUAAUUUAUUUUUAUUUGUAUGAUUUGUACUAUAAAUAAAAUUAUUUUUCAAAAUUGUCAAAAAAAAAAAUUAUUCAAGAACUUAUAAUUAAGAAUCAAGUUUAACAAAUUAAGUUUUAUAACAAACCCAAUCAAAAACGGCUCUGUUUAGUUUCACAGAGUUUGCUAAGUAACCAAUAUCUAUCAAAGAAUUAAGUGUUCUGAUCACAAAUCAUGAUAAGCAUCUUAUAAAAUGUGCGCUGAAACUUUUUAUUCAUAAAACAAUUUUAAAAAUAUGUAAAAUAAUCAAACUACUUAAAGAUCAUCCUACUUUUCAAUACUUGGAUAAUAAAUAAAUCUCUAUUUUCAGUUCUGAAACAAUAGUUUCAUUCAUUUCAAGUCUUCUAUGUUUUAAAGGGUACAUAUUGUUGAUUUUAUGGUUUGAUUAGAUGUCUUGUUAUAUAAAUAAUAAAAUCCAUUCUUUGAAAAAAUACUUUCGUUUUGCUAAUAUUAUGGUUAGUAUUUUUGUUUUAUUAUUAAAGGGAUAUAAAUAUAUAACUUGUUUUUGCUUUUUUGAAAAAAGAACAAAAAUUAACUCCUACUGAUUUUACCAUGUACCCUUUCUAUGGAGCUGGCAUGGAGCAAAAGUAUGUUAGUGCCUAAAAUCAUGUUAAGUAAUUGCAUUUUGUUUUUAUAUUCUAUAUGAAAUCAUGUUGACUAGUACAUUUUGCGUAAUCAAACUAUCCUAAUAAAAUUGUUUAAAAAUACGUUAUACGAUGUAUUCGUUUACUACUUUUGUUUAUUUUGUUUCUAUGACAUCAGGUUUACUUUUCUUAGUUUAUACCAUUAUGAUCUAUCAUGAUAUUUGGUCUACUCUAAAAUAUAUAUUUAUACGAUUUUUGUGGUAUAAUAAAUUAUCUAAUUUUUGUCUUUACAUUGUGAAACAAUAUAACAUGUAGUUGAUGCAUAGUCAAUAAAUUAAUCAGAAUCAAAUGUCAAAAAUGAAGUAAAAAUAGUAAGGAUGAUAUUUUUUCACGUUAUUAAAUAUUAUAGAAAAUAAUCAUGAAAUAAUAGUUAAUUUUAAUAAGUUGACUUUUUGUAAAUUGGACAUUUUCUAGUUAAAAGUAGAUGAUAAGGCCUCUAACCAAAAGUAUGUACAUUAUUAGAUAUUCAGUGUGCUUUAAUUUUGAUGGUUAUUUGUUAGUUUUUCUUUACAAAUUAAAUAUCGUAAUGUUUUGUGUAAAAUAUAAUACAUGAAUAUUAUUUUUUUUAAACUGUUAAAAUUUUAAUAUUUUAAUCUACGCAGAAGUUGUUUGUUUUUAUAUUUUAUAUUGAAUAUAAAUAAAUAAUGUGAUGGCUUUAGUUUUUUUUGUAUUAAUAUAAUUGUAUAUAAUAAUCAUAAAGAAUUGGCAUAAUAUGGUAGUUUUAAAAAGAUCUAAUUAUCUAUCAUUAGGUUCAACAAUAUAUUCAAAAAUGAUUCACUAGUUUGGACCGAUGUUUUCCUCGCAAAUAUAUUAACUCUUUAGUACGUAUUUAAUUAAAAAAUUUUUCAUUAUAUAUAAGAAAGAAAAACCGCAUACUAUGAUUAGCUUUUUAUUUGGUAUUUUUAUAAUUCUACAAUUAAUUAAACAAUAAAAAGGUAUUUAGUUUA